AUGGAGAAUGACGUUGGAAAACAGAAUUUGUCGGAACCAGAGACCCCUUCCAAAUCAACUGGCCUGAGGCAACAACACAUGGAGGUGGAGAAAGAGGAGGAGGUAGGAGUUGGUUCUCCAAUGAAAUCAAUUCCUGUCACUAUAAAUCAAGUUUCGGAAAACGGUUCAUGUGAUCAAGUUGGCUCUCCAAUGAAACAGUUUUGCCAUGCUACAACACAGGGAGGAGGUACUAAUCCACUUCCCCAAGGUGAUGAUGCUGAAUUCGAACUACCGUCUGCUUCAAAGAAAAGGAAGGUCACUGGAAAAGAAGAUAAGCCUAGAAAGAAGACAUACUGGCCUAAAAUUGACACUCCAUCAAUCAAAAGAACAAGGAAAUCCCAGCCCAAAAGCAGCACCACUCCAAAACCUUCAACCCCGAAGCAGAGAAAAACUUAUGUGAGAAAAAAUGGGCCUAAAUGUCAGCUGUCUUUGUUUGCUGAAGCUGAAGAUUCCAACGUUUCCUUUUCAUUUUUGAAUGGUUCGAAGGAGUCAUGUGAAUUGGACAAUUCAUCCAUGAAGAAUGAAAUAGGCAUUCAAUACAGUUCGCUACAAAGGUAUCAACAACAAAUAACAUCAUUGUCAUCGUGUUUAUGCCUAUCUGAGAGCAGACAAAGUGGAGCAAAUUUUCCAAGAAUGUGUAAGAAGAAAAGAACUCGCAGAGAAAGACCGCAUUUGGAAAAGUUCUUCUUGUGUCCUUGGCCUAUUGUGAAGGGGAAGAGAUCAAAGAGUUUCAUAAGAAAAAAAAGAAAUUGCAUAGAUUUCAGUUCAGGAGACAAUAAUUCAACUACUAGCAGAAUAAUGAAAUCUAUAAUCAAAAGAAUUCUUAUUCUAAAGAAAAGGAAAAGUCCAAAGACUAAGAAAGUGAAAGCUCAAGAAAAGACCGGAGGAGAAUUAGUUCCUUAUAAACCACCACCUGGACCUGGUGAUGUUAUGCUUGAUGAAGAGACAAUGAGAGUUUGGGGUAUACUCACGCAAGAAAGAGGUCAUAAAGAGAAUGAUGAGAUGAAGGAGAAAUAUUGGGAGGAGAUAAGAAAAGUCUACAAUGAUAUGGCUGAAACAUUCAUAAAUCGUAUGCACUGCAUCCAAGGUGAUAGACGUUUCUUACCAUGGAAAGGUUCAGUGAUGGAUUCUGUGGUUGGAGUUUUCCUAACUCAAAAUGUGUCUGAUGCUUUGUCAAGUUGGGCCUACAUGUCACUUGCUUCAAGGUUUCCUAUCAAAGAUAGGUGUGGAGAGAGUAAGGAGGAACUAGCUGCGACUGAUAGUCAAGAAUCAGUUGGGAGCAACACGGUUCUUUCGAAUCCUGAGAUUCAUAAGGUAGAGCCUGGAAAAGCUGGGGAGGUGGAAGAUAAAGAAGUUAAUGAAGUUUCAGAGGAUGGUAACAGUGGAACCAAAAAUAAUUCCGAAUGCAUUGCUAAAAAGCCAGAUUCCCCUACCAUGGUUUUGAACAAGGAAAAAUCAACUCCUACAAAGGGAAGUAUGAGUGAAGCUCUCAAGCAAGAGAAAUUAGGAAAGGAGCGAUAUUGGGAGACUUUAAGGAAAAUCCAUAGUAAGAGCUAUCGACCGGAGGAUCAAAUGGAUUCUAUUGAUUGGGAAGCAGUAAGAUGUGCCCGAGUUCAUGAUGUUGCACAAGCUAUUGCAGCUCGUGGCCAACACAACAUUAUUGCAGGAAGAAUAAAGACAUUUCUCGAUGAUUUAAUGGAAUCAAAUGGGAGUAUGGAUUUAGAAUGGCUAAGAGAUAUUCCACCAAAGGAUGCAAAGGAAUAUCUUUUGAACAUUCAUGGAAUCGGAUUGAAAAGUGUGGAAUGUAUUCGACUUUUAGCACUUCAACAUUAUGCUUUUCCUGUGGAUGUAAAUGUUGGAAGAAUUGCUAUACGUUUGGGAUGGGUUCCUAUCCAACCAUUACCUGAACCAUUACAAUUCCAUAAUUUAGAGAAGUUUCCAAAUCCUGACAAAAUUCAACAAUAUAUUUGGCCACGAAUAUGCACUCUUGAUCCACGUACAUUGUACGAAUUGCAUUAUCAGAUGAUCACAUGUGGAAAGGUUUUUUGCACCAAAAGGAACCCCAACUGUGAUGCUUGUCCAAUGAAAAAUGGCUGUAAACAUUAUGCAAGUGCUUUAGCAAGUAAAAAACUUGCCUUACCUGAACCAACCUCAGAUCAAGGAGUAGUAGUGAUGUCAAUGGAUCCUACAAAUACUUCCCAAUACUCCACUUUGCAGGAAAACUUAGGAUCAACAUUCAUGACCGAAGUGAACAUGCCUUUAAUCGCAAAAGCUAGUAAGGAAUGUGAGCCUAUAAUUGAGAUGCCGGCAUCCCCUGAAGCUGAAAACACAGAGUUGGUUGAAUUCAAAGAUGAUGCUUGUGAGGAUAACAUUGAGGAUAUUGAAGAUUUUCUAUCAAUCAGUCUCAGUCAAGAUUACUUGUCACAAACACCUGAUUACUCUUGUGAAGAACCCCCGCAUGAUGCGAACAUAUCAACAUCUUUAGUUGCUUUGCAUGCAGAUGGUGCAAACAUUCCUUUGCCAAAAAUUAAGAAUGUCAGCCGCUUGAAAACUGAACGCCUAGCUUAUGUGCUUACGGAAAACCAUCCUCUCUUAGCAGAGCAUACUCCACUGGAAAUUAAUGAUCCUUCUCCUUAUCUUUUUGUUGUAUGGGCAACAGGAGAAUUAGAAAGCUCAUGUGAGUCAUCCCAAGAGAGCUUGCAGGAGGAACUAAAUAGUCAAACAGUACCUGGAACUCUUAUGAUACCAUGUCGAUCCGCAAUGAGAGGACGUUUUCCACUGAACGGAACAUACUUUCAAGUUAAUGAGGUUUUUGCUGAUUACACUUCAAUGAUACACCCAAUUAAUGCUCCUAGAGCAUGGUUAUGGAGACUACAGAAAAAGAUAGUAUAUUUUGGAACCGGAACAUCAGCAAUUAUGAGAGGUAUGUCAAUAAAGCAAAUUCACGAUGUUUUUUGGAAUGGGUAUAUUUGUGUGAGAGCAAUUGAUGGAAAGACAAGAGCUCCUAGACCCAUAUCAUCUAUUCUGCAUCGAAGCACAAGCACUAGACUUGGAAAGAGGGUAAAUGAAGAGUAG